AUUGUUUACAUACAUUUGGAGUUGUACCAAUUACGUACGUUUCCAUCGAUUAAAGUGUAGGUUAUAUUACUAAGAUGAGCGAGAAACAGAAGGUGUUACUUUGUGGAGACGUAGAUGGCCAUUUUAAAUUUUUAUUCAAUAAAGUUGAAGCUAUCAAUAAAAAGAGUGGUCCGUUUGAUUUUUUGUUAUGCGUUGGAAACUUUUUUGGUGACAGUAAUACAGAACUCGAAGCCUAUAAAAAUGGCGCAAAAAACAUACCAGUUCCAACGUACAUUAUUGGCGCGAACAGGGAUUCUAAUUUAAAAAAUUAUCCGGACGAAGAUGGUUGCGAAAUAUGUCAAAAUCUUACUUAUCUUGGAAAACGUGGCAUAUAUACUGCUAGUUCAGGCUUGAAAAUAGCAUAUCUUAGUGGUACAGAAGCUAAUUCAUCUGAAUUAAAACCUACCUGUUUCAAUGAAGGUGAUGUUGUAUCAAUUAAGAAUUCCUGCUUAAGAGGCCAACCUAGUUUUCGUGGCAUUGAUAUACUGUUAACUUCUCCAUGGCCAGCGGGAGUUACAAAUUUAGAUCCAAGUAAACCAAAUUUUACAUAUCAGGGCUGUAAAUUGAUUGCAUGGUUAGCUACUCAAAUAAAGCCAAGGUACCAUGUAUCAGCAUUAGAAGGAAUUCACUAUGAAAGACCACCAUAUAGAAAUCAAAGUCAGCAUGAUAGUAACAUUGAAAUUGCAACAAGAUUUAUAGCACUUGCACCUGUAAUGAAUACUCAGAAGAAAAAAUGGCUCUACGCAUUAAAUUUGACCCCUGUUGAUAGAACACGUUUGUCUGACUUAGUCAUGAGGACUACAGAUGAAACAGAUAGUCCUUAUCCCAAGUCUAUGUUAUCAAAUCAACCUUCAGCACAAAAGGAAGAACCAAAAUGUGCACAGUUCUUUUAUGACAUGGAGUCCAAAGAUACCACAAAGAGGUCGAAGUAUUCAGAGGGACGUAAUAAAAAACCAAAGCCAGAAUUUGAUCAAGCAAAGUGCUGGUUUUGCUUAUCAAGUCCUGAAGUUUCUAAACAUUUAGUAAUAUCAGUUGGGUCAGAGAAUUAUGUUGCCCUUGCUCGAGGUGGAUUAGUAGAAGAACACUUCUUAAUUCUACCAAUAACGCAUCACCAAAGCCUUUCUAUUCUACCAAAAGAGGUGAAAGAAGAAAUGGAUUUAUAUAAAAAUGCUAUCACAAAAUACUACGCUACUGUAGAUAAAGUACCUGUGUUCUUUGAACGAAAUUAUAAAACAUCUCAUUGUCAGUUGCAAGUUAUACCUGUUCAUAAAAAUUUGGCACCUGCUUUGAAAGAAACAUUUGAGGAAAUGGCAGAAUGUAAUAAUUUCAAAAUGACUGAACUGCCCCCGCAUACAGAUCUGCAGCAAAUUGCUAAACCAGGUGUUCUGUACUUUUAUGUAGAAUUGCCAACUGAAGAAAAGUUGUAUUACAGAAUCAAAAAGGACUUUCCACUUCAAUUUGGAAGAGAAGUAUUAGCAGCCGAUACAAUACUGGAUAUCAGAGACAGGAUUGACUGGAAAGAUUGCCAAAUGUCUAUAGAAGAGGAAAUUGAAUUAGCAAAUAGGAUUAGAAAAGAGUUUGAAGCAUUUGAUUUAGAUACAUGA